GUGGGGGCGGGGCGGCCGGUUCCGGCUCCGGCUCCCGCUCCCGCAGAAAGGAGGGGGCUGCCCAGUGCCCAAGGCCAGUCCCUGUGCUCCGACCUGCAGCUGCGGCCCAGGUCCCCACCGCGGCUCCCGACCGGCCAGCGCCUCCAGGACAGAAGCCCGACCCCAUGGCCUCGCUGAGCCGAGCCCUGCGCGUGGCCGCCGGGCGCCCCCGGAGCCCUGCCCGAGGCCUGAGCAGCGGGGCCGGCCCCACGGCCGAGAAGAGCGUCCCGUACCAGCGGACCCUGAAGGAGACGGAGGCGGCGGCCCACGGGCCCAGCCGGGCCCUGCCCAGCGCGGCCGACGUGGUGGUCAUCGGCGGCGGCAGCCUGGGCUGCCAGACCCUGUACCACCUGGCCAAGCUGGGCGUGAGGGGCGUGCUGCUGGAGCGCGACCGGCUCACGUCGGGGACCACCUGGCACACGGCAGGCCUCCUGUGGCAGCUGCGGCCCAGCGACGUGGAGGUGGAGCUCCUGGCCCACACCCGCCGCGUGGUGAGCCACGACCUGGAGCAGGAGACGGGGCUGCACACGGGCUGGAUCCAGAACGGGGGGCUCUUCAUCGCGUCCAACCGGCAGCGCCUGGAUGAGUACAAGCGGCUCAUGUCGCUGGGCAAGGCCUACGGUGUGGAGUCCCACGUGCUGAGCCCGGCGCAGACCAAGGAGCUGUACCCGCUGAUGAACGUGGACGACCUCUACGGGACGCUGUACGUGCCGCAGGACGGGACCAUGGACCCCGCGGGCACCUGCACCACGCUCACGCGGGCCGCCACCGCCCGCGGGGCCCAGGUCAUCGAGAACUGCCCGGUCACCGGCAUCCAGGUGCGCACCGACGACUUCGGGGUGCGGCGGGUGGCGGCGGUGGACACGGAGCACGGAACCAUCCGGACGCCGUGUGUGGUCAACUGCGCAGGCGUGUGGGCCAGCGCCGUGGGCCGCAUGGCCGGAGUGAAGGUGCCGCUGGUGGCCAUGCACCACGCCUACGUGGUCACUGAGCGCAUCGAGGGCAUCCAGAACAUGCCCAACGUCCGCGACCACGACGCCUCUGUGUACCUCCGCCUGCAAGGGGACGCCCUGUCUGUGGGGGGCUACGAGAACAACCCCGUCUUCUGGGAGCAGGUGUCUGACAAGUUCUCCUUCGGCCUCUUCGACCUGGACUGGGACGUGUUCAUGCAGCACAUCGAAGGGGCCGUGAACCGCGUGCCCGUGCUGGAGCGGACGGGCAUCAAGUCCACCGUCUGCGGCCCGGAGUCCUUCACCCCGGACCACAAGCCGCUGAUGGGGGAGGCGCCCGAGCUCCGCGGCUUCUUCCUGGGCUGCGGCUUCAACAGCGCGGGCAUGAUGCUGGGCGGCGGCUGUGGGCAGGAGCUGGCCCACUGGAUCGUGCACGGGCGCCCGGAGAAGGACAUGUACGGCUACGACAUCAGGCGCUUCCACCACUCGCUCACCGACCACGGCCGCUGGAUCCGGGAGCGCAGCCACGAGUCCUACGCCAAGAACUACUCGGUGGUCUUCCCGCACGACGAGCCGCUGGCCGGCCGCAACAUGCGGCGGGACCCCCUGCACGAGGAGCUGCUGGCCCGAGGCUGCGUGUUCCAGGAGCGACAUGGCUGGGAGCGGCCAGGAUGGUUCAGUCCCCAGGGACCCGCCCCGGUCCAGGACUACGACUACUACGGGGCGUACGGGCACGGGGCGCGGGACUCGGCCUACCGCCAGCUGCUGGGCGCGGAGUACACCUUCGACUUCCCACCCCACCAUCACGUGAUCAGGGACGAGUGCCUGGCCUGCCGGGGCGCGGCCGCCGCCUUCGACAUGUCCUACUUCGGGAAGUUCUACCUGGUGGGCCCCGACGCCAGCGCAGCCGCGGACUGGCUCUUCUCGGCCCACGUCAGCCGCCCCCCAGGUGCCACAGUGUACACCUGCAUGCUGAACCACCGCGGGGGCACCGAGAGCGACCUGACCGUCAGCCGCCUGGCCCCCAGCGCCGAGGCCUCUCCGCUGGCCCCCGCCUUCGAAGGGGACGGCUACUACCUGGCUGUGGGCGGGGCCGUGGCCCAGCACAACUGGUCCCACAUCAGCACGGUGCUGCAGGACCGGAAGCUGCGCUGCCAGCUGCUGGACUUCUCGGAGGACCUGGGCAUGCUCAGCGUGCAGGGCCCGGCCAGCCGGGCCAUCCUCCAGGAGGUGCUGGACACAGACCUGAGCAACGACGCCUUCCCCUUCUCCACCCACAAGCUGGCCCGAGCCGCCGGACACCAGGUGCGGGCCAUACGGCUGUCCUUCGUGGGGGAGCUGGGCUGGGAGCUGCACAUCCCCAAGGCGUCCUGUGUGCCCGUGUACCGGGCCAUCAUGGCCGCGGGCGCCCGACACGGGCUUGUGGACGCGGGCUAUCGGGCCAUCGACUCUCUGAGCAUCGAGAAGGGCUACCGGCACUGGCACGCGGACCUGCGCUCUGACGACAGCCCCCUGGAGGCCGGCCUGGCCUUCACCUGCAAGCUCAAGUCCGACACCCCCUUCCUGGGGCGCCAGGCCCUGGAGCAGCAGCGGGCGGGCGGCCUGCGGCGACGCCUCGUGUGCUUCACCGUGGACGAGAAGGUGCCGCUGUUCGGCCUGGAGGCCAUCUGGAGGAGUGGCCAGGUGGUGGGCCACGUGCGCAGGGCCGACUUCGGCUUCGCCAUAGACAAGCCCGUCGCCUACGGCUACAUCCGGGACCCCAGCGGAGGGCCGGUGACCCCGGACUUCGUGAGGGGCGGGGAGUACGCCCUGGAGAGGAUGGGGGAGACGUACCUCGCCCGGGCCCACCUCAAGUCCCCUUUCGACCCCGACAACAAGCGGGUGAAGGGCGAGUACUGA